GUCGACAUGCCGAAGAGGUGGUUCGUGCUCUGCCUCUCCCUCUUCCUCUGCCUCCUGCUGCUCUCUCCGCUGCCGUCCAUCAAGCCGAUCCCGCGCCGACUGUACGAUGUGAUUCGCAGUGGAUCUGCGGCGCUCGACCUGCCUUGUGACUGCGACUCGGGGCGACCCGUCGACGGCGCGGUGCCGUCGACCUGCAGUGCCAGGGCGACCUCGAGGGGGCCAGGCCAACGGGUCGUGUCGUACAGCCUCUUCGGGUCGGCCCGGAAUAAUGGCAGGGCGACGGGGAGGUUCGAAGGACUUUUCGCCGAAAAUGCUGAAAACAUCAAAGCUCGAUAUCCAGGCUGGACGAUGCGAGUCUACACAAACUACAAACCCGAGAUCCCCGAGCAGCGCGAGUGGAUGUGCGGGAUGCAGUGCAACCACUCGCACGUGGACUUCUGCCUCGUGGACAGGCUGCCCGGGCUGGGGAACAUCACGGGGCUGCAGAACCAAGGGCGAAUGUGGAGGUUCCUGCCGGGGAUGGAUCCCCUCGUUGACGUAUUCCUCUCCAGAGAUUCCGACUCUCUCAUCCUCGACCGGGAGCGCGCGGCAGUCCAGGAGUGGCUGGACUCGGAUUUCAUGUUUCAUAUCAUGAGGGACCAUCCCGGCCACUACGCCUACAUUCUUGCAGGCCUUUGGGGCGCGAAGCCUCACAUGGACCGUGAGCUGAUGGCGAACCUGACGCGGCGGAUGCUGUUCCACACCGAGUCGAAGCACCGGAAGACGUUCGACCAGGAAGUCCUCCGACGGGUUCUGUGGCCUGCGACCAAGGACAGAAUGAUGGCGCACGACAGCUACUACUGCACGAAUCCGAACUUUCGGGGUCCGACUUAUCGACCGUUCCCGACGCGCAUCGAGGGACGCCUCUUCGUCUCGUACGGGCCGCGGUUCGCCAAUACCAAGAGGAACAACCGCAAGUGCCCGGCGAAGUGCAGGCCGCCGGAUCACCAGGACUGGGAACUCUGCUGAUCUCCACCCCGCUUGCCAUCCUUUCGAUGUUUCCUCGAUUUUUUUUUUACAAUGGGAAUUUUUUUUGCCAACACUUUGCGAUGUCACUGCGAUGCCUAGGGAGGUAAAGGACAAUAAAAAGUUUCACAAAUAAUGAAUGGGA